AUGAUCUUUCAUGCAUUGCAACAUCUCUUCUUCCAAGAAGCGCACUGGACAGUCCACUGGUUGAGCCGGGCCCUUGCAAAGCCAGAAACCCAACUAGCAGAGGCUCUCGAGUCUCUUGACCGAAGUGAGCAAGAGCUGACUAAAGGGACGGUGCAAAGACGCCUUGUCCAUUUCUACUAUGCCGCACUCACCAUGCGCCAGAUGCCGGAUCACUUUGACGCUCUGGGGGACGAGAAUUCGAUGCUCCGGACAAAGCUUUUCAACCGUGCGGGGGCUCCUUGGGAAGACGACUUUCAAUCUCUGAGAUAUGCGAUCAUGCAAGUUUGCCAAAACUGGCUCAUGAGUAUUGGUAACGCGGGGUUCUGA